AGUAAUACUAAUCACUAAUAUUGUUCUGUGGUCGAGGGCGCACCGCACGGCACUGCAAAAAUAUUAAUUCAAUUUCUAAAGAGUUCUUACAGCAAGUUUAAAAAUCGAAGGCUUUGAACAUGACUGUGGACGAAGGGGUUGAUAUUACAGAGGCGGGUGACCGUGGGGUGCUUAAACGUAUUACCAAGGAGGGCGCAGGGACCGAAACCCCAAGUGCCGGCUCUCAGGUUACCGUGCAUUACGUUGGAACCCUCCUAGAUGGAACCAAGUUCGAUUCUAGCCGAGACCGGAAUGAACCAUUCGACUUUCAACUUGGCAAAGGCAAAGUCAUCAAAUCAUGGGAUAUCGGCGUUGCGACGAUGAAAAAAGGAGAGGUUUGUGUGCUCACGUGCGCGCCCGAGUACGCGUACGGCGCCCAAGGCAGCCCACCCAAGAUCCCGCCCAACGCCACUCUGCAGUUCGAGAUCGAAAUGAUCGACUGGGCGGAAGAGGACUUGAGUCCAAACAAAAAUAAGGGCAUCCUUCGCCAUAAGAUCGAAGAGGGUUCAGACCCUACCUGUCCCAACGAUGGUGCUGAAGUUACCGUCGAACUGGAGGGUAAACUCCCCGACGGCAAAGUGUUCGACGCUCGCACAGUUACCUUUGUGCUCGGCGACGGGCUGGCCAGUGAUAUUUGCGAGGGAGUCGAGAGGGCCCUGGAGAAGUUCAACCAAGGAGAAAAAUCCAAGUUAACCAUCCAACCGAAAUACGGCUUCAAAUCCGAGGGUAAUAAGAAGUUGGGGGUACCGCCCAAUUCUGUCGUAGAAUAUGUGGUGAGGUUGGUCAGCUUCGAGAAGAGCAAAGAGGUCUGGCAGAUGGAUACAGAGGAGAAGUUGGAGCAGUCGAAUGUGUUGAAGGAGAGUGGCACUAACUAUUUUAAAGAGAGCAAGUUUCAACUGGCCAUUAAGAAGUAUAAGAAAGUCGUGUCUUUGUUAGAUGACAUACCCAGCAACACCUUCGACACAGAAGAACACAAAACACGCGCUAAAGCUCUGCUGGUGUCGGUGCACCUCAAUCUGGCACUAGUGUACCUCAAGGUGACACCACCGCACCACUACGAGGCAAAGGACCAUGCCACGAAAGCACUGAACCUUGACCCUAAUAACGUGAAGGGCCUGUUCAGGCGAGGCCAGGCCUUGCUAGCGCUGGGCGAGGCGGAUCAGGCGUUGAAAGACUUUGAGAAGGUCGUGGAAGCUGAGCCACAGAAUAAGGCGGCGGCCAAUCAGAUCCUGGUGUGUCGCGCCACGCUCCAGAAGCAGAAACAGCUCGAGAAGACCAUGUACGCGAACAUGUUCGACAAGUUUGCGAAGAAAGACGCCCAGGAGGAGAAGUUGAAGGCGAAGCAAAUGUUCGACAUGAUCGGCGAGAAGGUCGGCGAGUGGGGCAAAGGUGAAGGCGAGUGGACCGACGAGCAACGGGACCGCAAACCCACCGAGUUCGAAAAGGAGAAUCCCAACAUCCUGCUAUUGGACAAGGACGGCCAGUUCGAGAACAUGUGAGCUGGGCACGCUUGGCCAAAUGUUUGUUCAAACGUACAUUGGCGUAGUUAGGGGGCGGCACGUAAAAAGAGCUCCGAUGAUUUUAUAUCCAACAAACACCGGGUAAGGCAGACCAGUUAUUCUUUACCCAUUGUAAAUUCACACAUGUCUAGUGGUAAUAAGAUACAGAUUCCAAUGUCUAGAGCUCGGUCCCGAGACCUUUGAUGCAUUGGGAUCGAUCUCUAAAGAUUUUAAUCUGAACUCUGUUACCACUAGUUACGUAUCAAUUUACUUUGUGUAACGACGCUUUGUUCGCUUACUGCCAUUGGUUUAAGCAGGAAUUAAUUAUUUUAUAAUUUCAUUAGUAUUAUGAAAAUUAUGCUUAAUUUGCUAUACUCCGCGAACUUACUAUUUUUCAUAUUAUUUUUCACUUAACAAUUAUUCAACACAAAGCGGAUAAGUUCCAUUUUACUCUGUUAUUACAGUUUUUGUAUACUUACUCGAAAACUGCUCUACGAUUAGUACAUACGAGUUUAAUAAUAAACAAUUAAUGGAAUAUCCGAAAUAAAGAUUAUUUUUAUUAAUAACCAGGGAAAAAAAAUCCGCGACGUGUCGUUUUGUUAUUGCAUCAAUGUGAAUUGACACAGCGCAGUUGGGCGCUUAAUACAAAUUACGUGAGAAAUAUAUGUUUAAUAUAAGUUUGAUGUCUAUUUCACUUAAUCAAAUUAAUUAACUAAUAUAAACGCACGCUUUUGCAUACGUUUUUAUAAAUUGCCCACCCUGCCAAUUGUACGUCAGAGCUCUUUUUAACAGACUUAAUGAAAGGAGAAGAUUCCAUGUUAUACAGUAUAUUUUUUAUGUAUACUCUCCGACAUCUUUGUCAAUCGUCGACAGCUUUUGAAAAUUCUUUUAUAGUUGAAGAUCCAAUCUGUGAGUGUUUUUGCGUGAUAGUACAAAUAAAUAAUUAGUUAUAAUAAUGAUUAGGGAUAAUACAGUCCGGACAGUGGUUGCCGCUGCAAGUGCAGACAAAAGUAAUCUUUAAAACAAACGACCUAUGGUUCAUUUUGUAAAUCAAAUAAUAAUCAAAAGAUAAAUUUUUGCACGAGUGACCGGCGACCGCAUGGCACGAUAAAUGUUCAGCUUGAUAAGUAAUAAUAUGCACGUUUUUAUUACAAUGUGGUUUGAUCAAAUAUUAUUCCCACUGUAUUACUUGCAUAUACAUAAAGAUCUCAGCACCAAAAAUAGAACUUUACAUAUUUAGCAGUGAAUGUAAAUUUUUGAUUAUUCUCAGUCUUAUUUUAGGUGUACCUAAUUUUCAAUGGAUUAUAUUCGUUUUAAGCUUAACGUUUAUAAAGUCUGACCAGGAAAAUAAAAACCGCCAUAUUGCGGAAAAAAAUGGAACUAUUUUUUUUGCCAUACACUUACUCUGUCACAUGUAUUGCCAAGCUAAUAUUGACGCCCAUAGACCGGGGAUUUUUAUUUUCCUUGUCAGGCUUUAGAAGUUUAUAAAUUAAAGGAUAUGCAAAUUAAUUCAUUCCAUUUACCUAUUAGAUGAUUGUUAAAAGUUUUAGAUUUUAAUGAAAUAGCUAGGUUUUCACAUUUAAAGUUUGUCUUUCCAUACUAGUAUUUGUAUGUCGAUGUCGUUUAAUGGAAUCUGUACAUUUUAAAACUUUUUUUUUUAUUCGUGUCUGUAUUGAACUAUUGGGGUUACUGUUUUAUAUAUAAAUAAAGAAAAAAAUCUGUCUA